ACACCGGAGCAGGAGCAAAGCACAGCUGUUCUGUUGCUGUCGCAUAAACCCUAUUCGGGUUCUUGUCACAGCCAUCGCGGCCCCGGACAUUUCUGAACAACGAGUAGCGGGGAGCCGAGACACCGCGACAGCAAAGCAUAUCCAUCACCACCAUACUAGUCAACAUACAACCACUCUGCGGCGGCCGCGUGCUCGAGGGUCGGCUACAGCUACUCAAACUUGGCCGUAAACCACCAACACAGACCGAGGUUUUGGGAUUUGAAAGCAGGGCAGGCGAUAAAGAUGGUGGGCGUUCCUGGCAGAUCAAAGGGAUGCGUCACUUGUCGCCGGCGCAAGAAGGGCUGCGAUCAAAACGUCCCGUCGUGUCACCAGUGCAUACGGUCUGGCCUAGAAUGCGGAGGCUAUGAACGCGAUCUUGUGUGGGUCAACAGCACGCCGGAUGAGUCUAACAAAGCUCCAUCGCAAACGCCUCACUUGAAGGGAGCAAUCCCGUCAAGAUCGGUGACUCAACAGCGACCUUGGAGAGUGAUUUACUCAACCAGAGGCGCAAAUAAUAACAACAACAACACCAACAUUACUCUCCACGAUUCGCUCACUCGAUCAGCUCGAGAGGAGCUUUACUUUAGCAAACUAAUCUCCACAGCACUUCCCUACGGUCACCUACUAUCAGCCAGGGCUUCGGAUGUAUUGACAAACGGAUGGGUCUCGGCAGUCAAGGCAUACUAUGACGAAGAGCCGGCUAUUCGAUUUGCUUCGCUGGCAAUGAGCGUGGGCUUUAUGGGUGUUGAUGAGAGAAAAAAGCAAAUCAAACAAUCCAGCCAAAUGACCCUCCAGGGCUUUGAAGCUUACAAUAAGGCUGUUGUCGAAAUGGUCCGGGGAUUGAAGCAUUCAGAGCGGUCCAAGAACAACGGCAUCAUCGUCGCCGCCAGAAUAUUACAGUUUUACGAGCUAUUUUUUGGAAAAGCACCCGACUGGCGCGCUCAUAUAGAGGGCCAGCUGGCUCUCUUUUUGGCCAGAGGCCCGGAAUCUUUUGUAUCUGGUCAAUCGCACCAGCUAUAUGUCGACGGUCGAAUCCUGAUUGUCAUGUUGUCAAUCGGAAGACGAGCCAAAUCCCCGCUUCACACAGACGCUUGGCGAACAAUUCCAUGGCGCGAUAUACCCAAGUCAACCAAAGACAAGCUGAUUGAUAUCCUGGAGGAUGUGCCAUUCAUGCUGAUCGCCUACGACGAACUUCGCGCCUGUCAGGAUCCCGAGCGUUUCGACGAACUGCGCCAUACCGUGAUGCUGAACUGUCACCACAUUGCACUAAGCUUAGAUAUCUGGGAACAGGAAGCCGGGCCGAUUCUCCAGCAGUUCGACUAUACGUUUGCCGGCUCUCCUCUACCCACGCCCAAAGACGACACUGAGUUUGGGCUUGUGUAUAUCUCGGGAUGCUAUUGGGGCGCUCGCCUGAUGCUGUACAGCACCCUUGGGAUGACAUUGGCUCAUUCGGCCGGCGCUGUGAGCCCUGGAGCUGAUAGUAUUCCAUCUCUGGGUGGCGACUCUCCGGCUUCGCCCGCAGGCACGGCAUCGACACCGGCCACCUCGCCGGGGCAGGCGUCGGAAAAGUCCUCCGGGCCAUUCUACACUGCUCCUCCGCCCAGGAUGGAAAACCCGGGCAUCUACGCAAGGAAAAUCGCCCACAUGGUACACCUCUUGUAUGAACCUGCCGCCGGUGCGAUGCAAGGCGCCUCGGGUCUUUUCCCCUUGGCCCUUGCGCUGCGCUACUUUGCAACAACCGAGCCUCCUGGCCAAAGGAGUCCCGAGUCCGAAAUGUUGUAUAAGCUAUAUCGCAAGCCUUUUGUUGGUACCUUUGUUGGACGCUUUCUUAACGAUCUCCAGGGUUCUCAACAAGACGACGAAGCGAAGCGUGAUGUCGAAGCCAAAGCGCAGCGGAAUAUCUUCUGGUAUGCUGUUUUGGGCACUGAAAAUAUUGUGCGCGUGGGAGAGAAGGGGAAAUAAUGGUAUGAUUAUGGGACUUGGAGUUUGGUGAAUCGCAAAGAUGACGCUGGGAAUUCGGCUUUUAUUAAUAUCGUGCUGCACUGAUUGCAACACCAAGUUCACGCCACGCAAAUUUCUCUGAUGGACUCGACUCUGAUUACAUGUAAAUAUGCGGCGUUGUACUGUUUCAAAGGAUAGCUUUUGUGUUUUAUAGCUUGUGCUUAAGGAAUUCAACACUCGCCUAAAGACUGUGUGA